AUGUCUACGAACUUUGACAACAGCCGAAAUAGUAGUGACAUCGGAGGGCCUUCCAAUUCAACAGUACUUCAAGAACCAAUCGACAUCCAAUUAUUAGCAGCAGAAAGCGUUAUUUGGACAGAAAAAAAUGUCGCAUACAUCGGUCCAUUCGGAAAGUUUCCCGGAAAAGUCGUCAUCACCAGGUACCGAAUGGUUUUUCUUGUUGGAGAUCAUGGGGGAAAACAUUACAAACGAUGGAAGCUUGAUGUACCUCUCGGACAAGUUUCGAAAGUAGAAAAAAUUGGAGGACAAUCAAGAAGUGCUGCAAUGAGAAGAGACGAUAAUUAUGGGUUUAUCGUGCUUUGCAAAGAUUAUCGAAACUACAAAUUCGCAUGCCUACCCACUUCGAAUCGAAAGAGUAUUUGUGAUGCACUGAAUCGCUAUGCAUUCCCUAUUUCUCAUAACUUCCCGCUGUUCGCGUUUGUGCACGCAGCAGAAUCUCCACGAUCAAUAAGCGAUGGGUGGAAGAUAUAUUCAGCAGAAGGGGAAUACGAGCGUCUCGGAAUCUCCUCGUCACGUCUCUGGGAAAAGGUUGACAUCAACAAAGACUACAAGUUCAGUGAGACCUAUCCAAGAGUCUUCGUAAUCCCCAAAGCAACAGUGGAAAAGGGAAAGGUGUUUCUGAAAAAGGUUGGAGAAUAUCGUAGCAAAGAAAGAAUUCCAAUAAUCAAAUCAUGCUAUUUAAGCCACCUGGCAAAUAUCAUGAGUGCGAAUGCCAACUGCCGUGAACUUCUGAUUCUUGAUGCUCGCCCAGCAGUCAAUGCAAAGCUGAUGAAAGCAAAAGGCGGAGGAUAUGAGGAUAACUACACGACAGCGUCGCUCACCUUCCUCAACAUUCAUAACAUCCACGUCGUUCGUGAUUCUCUGAAACGGAUGGUCAGCACUCUUCUGCCGCGUGUCGAUGAGAAGAACUUCUACAAAGUCUUGGAUGGAACUAAGUGGCUUCAUCACGUGCAAAGCAUUUUGGAAGGAGCAUUAAAAGCUGUAUUCAAUGUGGAUACUGAGAAACAGUCAAUUUUGGUCCACUGUUCUGAUGGAUGGGAUCGCACCGCCCAACUAACAUCUUUGACAAUGAUUCAAUUAGAUCCGUAUUAUAGAACGAUUGAAGGAUUCAUAGUUCUGAUUGAAAAAGAGUGGUGUAGCUUUGGACACAAGUUUGGGCAACGAAUUGGUCACGGAGAGGAUUCGCACGGGGAUGGCGAACGAUCACCAAUCUUUGUUCAAUUUUUUGACUGCGUGUGGCAAAUCAUGCGUCAGUUCCCAUGGGCUUUUGAAUUCACACAAGAUUUGCUAAUCUAUAUUCUUGAUGAGCUGUACUCUUGUCGAUACGGAACGUUCUUGUUCAAUUCGGAGAAAAUUAGAUUACUGGAUAAUAAAUGUGCGGAAACAACAAUAUCGCUGUGGUCGUAUGUGUUGGAAAACAAGGAGAAGUUCACAAAUCCAAUAUUCAGAGUGCGACAAACCAAAAAAGUUCUCUAUGUGAAUCCCUCAUUCUGUGUUCUUCAAGUCUGGGUGGACUACUAUGCCCGAUUCAACCCUCACCUAAAAACUCCACAGCACGAGGAUAUUCAACACUCCGGCACUCCAUUCGUGAAUGCAAAGAAACACCUCAUGGGGGAAAUUAUGGCGCUCGAGGAAUCAAUUAAUAAUGCUGAUGAAUAA